CUGCGCCUUUGUCUGGUUUAUUAUAGCCGCCUCUCGGCCGGGCUCCUCCAAUUUGCUUGUCAUUUGCAUACCUUCCCCUUCUCCUCUUUAACCGGGCGCCGGGCCCGGAGCCGGGAAGGAGGCGCAGGGGAGGGGGCGCCCUCACUUUGCUCUCCCUGCGCGAGCCGGGCUGCGAUGCUGAAAUCGGGGCGGCAGCGGGCACCGCUGGGUCCCGGGAAAGGAGCCCCGGGGUCGAGCGCAGUCGGGUCCCGGGAUUCUUGAGCUGUGCCCAGCUGACGAGCUUUUGAAGAUGGCACAAUAACCGUCCAGUGAUGCCUGACCAUGACAGCACAGCCCUCUUAAGCCGGCAAACCAAGAGAAGAAGAGUUGACAUUGGAGUGAAAAGGACGGUAGGGACAGCAUCUGCAUUUUUUGCUAAAGCAAGAGCAACGUUUUUUAGUGCCAUGAAUCCCCAAGGUUCUGAGCAGGAUGUUGAGUAUUCAGUGGUACAGCAUGCAGAUGGGGAAAAGUCAAAUGUACUUCGCAAGCUGCUGAAGAGGGCGAACUCGUAUGAAGAUGCUAUGAUGCCUUUUCCAGGAGCAACCAUAAUUUCCCAGCUGUUGAAAAAUAACAUGAACAAAAAUGGUGGCACGGAGCCCAGUUUCCAAGCCAGUGGUCUCUCUAGUACGGGCUCCGAAGUCCAUCAGGAGGAUAUAUGCAGCAACUCUUCAAGAGACAGCCCCCCAGAGUGUCUUUCCCCUUUUGGCAGGCCUACUAUGAGCCAGUUUGAUAUGGAUCGCUUAUGUGAUGAACACCUGAGAGCAAAGCGUGCCCGGGUGGAGAACAUAAUCCGGGGUAUGAGCCAUUCCCCCAGUGUGGCAUUAAGGGGCAAUGAAAAUGAAAGAGAGAUGGCCCCACAGUCUGUGAGCCCCCGAGAAAGUUACCGAGAAAACAAACGCAAGCAAAAGCUGCCCCAGCAGCAGCAGCAGAGUUUCCAGCAGCUGGUUUCAGCCCGCAAAGAACAGAAGCGAGAGGAGCGCCGACAGCUGAAACAGCAGCUGGAGGACAUGCAGAAGCAGCUGCGGCAGCUGCAGGAGAAGUUCUACCAGAUCUACGACAGCACCGAUUCUGAAAAUGAUGAAGAUGGGAACCUGUCCGAAGACAGCAUGCGCUCGGAGAUUCUAGAGGCGCGGGCCCAGGACUCCGUGGGGAGGUCAGACAGUGAGAUGUGUGAGCUGGACCCAGGACAGUUCAUCGACCGGGCUCGGGCCCUGAUCAGAGAGCAGGAGAUGGCUGAAAACAAGCCCAAGCGAGAAGGCAGCAACAAAGACAGAGACCACGGGCCAAACUCCUUGCAACCGGAAGGCAAGCACUUGGCUGAGACCUUGAAACAGGAGCUCAACACUGCCAUGUCACAAGUUGUGGACACUGUGGUCAAAGUCUUCUCGGCCAAGCCCUCCCGCCAGGUUCCUCAGGUCUUCCCACCUCUCCAGAUCCCCCAGCCCAGGUUUGCAGUCAAUGGGGACAACCAUAAUUUCCACACCGCCAACCAGCGCCUGCAGUGCUUUGGCGACGUCAUCAUUCCAAACCCCCUGGACACCUUUGGCAAUGUGCAGAUGCCCAGUUCCACAGACCAGACAGAAGCACUGCCCCUGGUGGUCCGCAAAAACUCCUCUGACCAGUCUGCCUCCGGCCCGGCCGCUGGCGGCCACCACCAGCCCCUGCACCAGUCGCCUCUCUCGGCCACCACGGGCUUCACCACCUCCACCUUCCGCCACCCCUUCCCCCUCCCCUUGAUGGCCUACCCAUUUCAGAGUCCAUUAGGUGCUCCCUCUGGCUCCUUCUCGGGAAAAGACAGAGCCUCUCCCGAGUCCUUAGACUUAACUAGGGACACGACAAGCCUGAGGACCAAGAUGUCAUCUCACCACCUGAGCCACCAUGCUUGCUCACCAGCACACCCACCCAGCACGGCCGAAGGGCUCUCCCUGUCGCUCAUAAAGUCCGAGUGCGGUGAUCUCCAAGACAUGUCCGAAAUCUCACCCUAUUCGGGAAGUGCAAUGCAGGAAGGAUUGUCACCCAAUCACUUGAAAAAAGCAAAGCUCAUGUUCUUUUAUACCCGUUACCCCAGCUCCAAUAUGCUGAAGACUUACUUCUCCGAUGUAAAGUUCAACAGAUGCAUUACCUCUCAGCUCAUCAAGUGGUUUAGCAAUUUCCGCGAGUUUUACUACAUUCAGAUGGAGAAGUACGCCCGUCAAGCCAUCAACGAUGGGGUCACCAGCACGGAAGAGUUGUCCAUAACCAGAGACUGCGAGCUGUACAGGGCCCUGAACAUGCACUACAAUAAAGCAAAUGACUUUGAGCAGGUUCCAGAGAGAUUCCUGGAAGUUGCUCAGAUCACAUUACGGGAGUUUUUCAAUGCCAUUAUCGCAGGCAAAGACGUUGACCCUUCCUGGAAGAAGGCCAUAUACAAGGUUAUCUGCAAGCUGGAUAGUGAAGUCCCUGAGAUUUUCAAAUCCCCAAACUGCCUACAAGAGCUGCUUCAUGAGUAGAAAUUUCAACAACUCUUUUUGAAUGUAUGAAUAGUAGCAGUCCCCUUUGGAUGUCUGACUUCCUGUAUGUGUCUAGAUUUUGAUUUCAUUUGUGUGUGUAUGGGAGGCAUGGAUAUGUUAUGAAAUCAGCUGGUAAUUCCACCUCAUCAUCUUUCUCGCAUUUCCUUUUGUUUUCCAUUACAAGGGGAUGGUUAUUUUCCUUCCUCUGUUAGUUUACUUUUGCCCAAGGCCCUUAACAUUUGGAGACUUAGCGUAGGGUUAAUUUUCAGGGAAAAACAAUGCUGGAGUGUGUAAAGUCUACAUUCGCAAGCAAGGGCAUUUAGCAAAGACGCUUCUGCUUGAUUGGUGGCAUAUUGCAAAUGGCGGGUGGCAUGGUCACAGCAUGACACUGCAGAACUCUACAGUGACCUGUCUCUUCUUACUGUUAAGAAGGUCUAAAAAUACAAAGUAACCACUUCAUACAUUCAAAUAUUUUGUUUGCUUUGAACUCAACAAGUAGCUUUUUCUUACUUGCUUAAUUAAAUAGCACCAAUGACAGAUGAGCAGCUUGCUUCUUGAAAAUACCCCCAAAGGCCAAAUUAAAACAGAAAAAUAAUUGCUCUCAGGCCCUUCUGAAGAGAAAUGGCAAACAUCCCCGAACUAGCAGUACCAGUUUCUAAUGCAGGCAAAGCAAUUUUGGACAACACUGACUCUUUCAAGAUGAGAUUGAAACCCAUCCCUGCUCUUCUAGCCUCCUCUAUAGAAUUCAUAAUUCGUGGUUCUUCAUACUAAAUGAGCUUUUAGAUCAGUCUUCAUAGAGAAAAACGCUAUACCUUGUUAUCAUUUUCUAUUUAUUUUGCUUCAAAUAUUAAAAAGGCACAUAAGCUUCAGAUUUACUCUGCUCCAUUUUGUUUAUAUCCUUAAAAGAAUUAUUAUUUUUGUUCAGUUAAUUUUUUUUCCUAAAACACCACUUUCUGAUUACCUUCCCACAGUAAGGAAUAAAGGAAUCCCAACUGACCAUGCAGUCCUUGCCUACACUGGAAGUUUGCUGGCACCUUUUAGCUGAUCUGUUUCUGUGUGUGAUUCCAUACUGCACUGAUGGGUAUUCGAAGUGGUGACAGUCUAAGUGUUUCUUCACUGUAGGCAUAACAUCUUCAAGCCAUUCAUACUAUCUCUUCUAAUUCAGAAGCUAAUAUUGACCAAAAUGUGAGAAGUAUAGGAAAGUCUGGGGUUAACCCAAAAGAUACAAUUUCAGCACAACUAAGAAAGCUAGCUGCUAUUUCAUGCUUUCUUCAGUGGGUCUCUUCUUUUUUUCUUUUCUUUUUUCCAGUUUUUCAAUGAUGUACAGUGUCCCAUACAUACAUUUUAAAAAUUGAGCAGCAUUCACACUUGUUUUCUUAGAUGGGUUUUUGUGUUCAGAAGCAUUAAGAAUCCGAUGUUCAUUCUAAUAGUGUUUUCCAGGCCCCUCCCUCCCCUUUGAUCUACAGCUCUUAAAAUGACACAGUAACAAAUCUGGUAUUUAAAACAUACAAGAUAUAAAUGUCAUUUUCCCUUAAUUUUCAUUUAAAAAAUGCAUUUGACUUUGGAGAAUGCAGGUAGAGCCAUGUGACUGACGAGGCGACCUGAUCGUUGUCAUUUAACGUCAUUUUUAAAUUCUGCUGAUGGAUGGGAAUGUGGGAACACAAUUAUUGUCAGCACAAAGCCUUAAAACCUGCUGACUUUAAAUUAAAUGGUGCGGUCCUCUGAUGCCCUGUAUCACCCAGGACACUAACAGGCCCUGGAAGUAUGGGCAUUUCCUGCAGUGGCUGGGGCUAGGACACCAACCCUUCUACCCACAUCCCAGGCCACACACAUUCCCCAGUUGUACCCUCUCACACAUGCCCACAGAAUCAUUCCAUCCAAUGUGUUAUUUUUCUGGCUUGCUUAAGAAAAAGUUUCUGAUAAUCAGUACAUUAGAGUGAAAUGAAUACAUACAUAUAUAUAUAUAUAUAUAUAUAUAUAUAUUCAGUCAGUACAAAAUAAUCUCAACUUCCAGUCACACUCUUGACUUGCUCAUUUGGACUCAUGUGAUGUCCACUGUUAUGUCACUAUACAACCAGAUCCGUUGCUGUAAUUCCAUGUAAUUCAUAUCAAUAUUGUGUUAUCCUUUGCAAGACAAAAGGCAAAGAAGCUGUAGUGGAUUCAGCUCGGUAGACAGAUUGCGAGGUAUCUCCUUAAUCUGUGGCAAGUGAAAUCGUGAUUCAGGUUUAUUUGGAUUUUGAGUAUUAUUUUCCCCUCCCUUUGUGAUUUCAAUAGACAAAUUAAGCAAAGGAUGUGUUUGGAGCCAAACACUGAUGCACUUAGCUACUGAGGCUAUCCCCUGCAAGUUCAGAGUGAGGAUAAAUGCACCUCUGUCGUGCAAAUAGAGCCAUCACCUUGCUCUUAGGUGAUCUCCCCCCUUCCACAAUCAUAGAAUCUUGUGCCUCCCAGUGCGCUGAAAAACGACAAAAGCCUGUCUCUCAAAAACUCCUGUUUAACAGGUUUUUUAAAAUCACCAUCUUCCAAAGUUCAGAUCAACUCUCACCAAGUGAAAACUGGGUCCACAGGAGAAAGUUAGUUUUCCAGGGUGGGAGGGUGAAGGACGAGAGGCAGUUUACAUAGGAGAAAAAAAAGUCUAAAGUCCAUGUUGAAAUUCCACAUUACCACUUAUUUUCUGUUAACUCUAAAUUAUUUUUGUGUGUACACUUGAGGUUAUAGUCUGUGCCUAGAUCUAAAAUGCACCAGCGGGGGGAUUUUUAAAAAUCCUUCAAAAUACCAGUUUUCUCCCACAAGUACAAUUGUUCUUGUGCCUUCUGUGGCUUUCGAUUUCAUCUUUUUGACUUUAUUUCCAAUUACUACAGCUGCAAUAAACACUAGAUUUUUUUUCUGGCUGUUUGACAUAACGAUAGCUAUGCAUAUUUUGUGUCUUUUUAAAACAAAGCGGGAGAAUACGUUUUUGAAGAAGAGAAUUUUUAGAACAGUUUGAUACCGCAAAUUAUUUUUUCCUCAAUUGUUUGAGCAGCAUCCGAGUUUUGAAAAUUCUUGUAGAAGCCAAUUUUUUGUAACUGUGGUGCAAAUCAUGUGUUUUCUUAGCCUAAUGAAAAGUAGUAUAGAAGCAAUAUUUCAUACCAUGUGCUAUGUGUGUGCAGAUGUGUGAAGGUAAAAACACAUACGCACAUAUACACACAUGUAAAAAUAUACUUAUAUAUAUGCGUGUGAAGUGGAACACUUACCUUUUCCUAUCUAGAUUUAAGAACCUAUUUUAGACAUUUGUUAUGUUUUGUGAAAAGAAUGUUUUAUUUGCAACAACAAAACACUUAAUUCUUAUUGUCUCUCUGGCUGUUUAAUAAGAACGUUUCACAUUAAAUGGUAAAACACGUGGAAGAUGUUAGAAUGUAGUAAUUAUUUAAGUAACUGUUCACCCACAGAUUCCUAAAGUUUGCUUUGUGCCUCCGAGUAUUAUUUAAUUAAAGUGUUUUAUGUUUGCAGAAUCUUUGUUACUGUACUGGGAAUGUGGGUGAAUAUCAUUUAAAAAAUUUAAAAUUACAAAAAAAAAAAGCAAAAUGGAAACACUAAAGCAAGAGGGGAACUUUUAUAAAGCAAUGUAAAUAUUUAACCUCAUGCCUGUUGUUACGUAAGACAUGAGAUUUUAAUAAAUAACUACAUUCUGACAACAUCUGUUGGGUUUAUUAGGAACACUACAGUGACUGUAUAGACAGUUGAAGGCAUUCUUGAAAAUCCUGCUCUCUACUUUUAAAAGAUAACAGUCUCUUUUAUCAGAUGUCAGGGGCAAGGGUAACGCAGUUUCUGUAAAUGUAUGAAAUUUCUUUUCUCUGUACAUGAAGACAUUUAGGAAGUAACCCCCAUUCCCGCACACAUACAGGUUGAUAUUGAGUCAUAAAGCUAAAGAUUUUGGGGAAGCCUUAGAAUACGAUGGCCUCUCAAAGCAAUCAUAAAUUCAUCCCAGAACAGGUGGUUAGACUCCCCUGAAAGAAGCAGUGUGUAUCUGAGAAGAGCACAAAAUCUCUUUGCCAUGUAUAUUAUACAGUAUUCAUUGGUGUGAAUAGUACAAAUGUUUCCUUUUGGUACAAACUCUGUGUUUGCAAAUUCCAAGAAACAUUGUUUUCAAAAAGCUCCCCUUAAAAACAAGUAACUGGUUGAUAGGAGAAACUUGCCGUAUUGCACUUAAAUGUUCUGUUGAAAGAAAUGCAGUUUUGUUUUCUGUAGAUCUGCUGGUUGUGAACCAUCUAUAAAAACUAAACCUAAAAUGCUCAUAUACAGAGCUGGGAUCAAAACUGGUAUUUAAUCUUUGCAUCUUCUUGUAAUUACUCUUCUAAGGAUAUAACAGAAUGUGGAAUCGGCUGGACUUUGAGUCUUUUCAACUGAGUCCUCUCUCAAAUCAGACCCUCCUCAAAUGCACAAACAUGCACAGAAAAGGCAAACAGGCUGGCCUUCCUUUGUGAAAAUGUAUUCAUUCUGUAUUUUUUAAAUACACGAUUCCUCCACAUGGAUAAAGCAUUUUAAGGUUGUACACUACCACUUCAAAUUUAGGACUAGAAAAAUGUAUUUGGGGUUGGUCUCGGAGCUACCUAGAAGAAUCAAGGUUAUGGCUUCCCCUGAUAUUGUCCCAGCCGUUUCUCAUAUGUAUAUAGUAUAAACCGUGACAAAACACUGCCUUUAUAUUAUUUAGCAAUAUGUUGUAAAUAGCAUUAUGAAGCUCUUUCUUUUGUAAUAAAGACCCUUUGAUUUGAAUAUAGUACAAUAACUGAACUGAUAAAGUCAAUUUUUGAUUUUUUUUUAGCUAGAGGCAAUUUCAAUUGUGGAUUUUUGUUAUUGUCUAUUGUUCUGAAGACUUUGCAUAAUUUAUUGGUUUAAUUUAUCCUAAUUUAUUUGAUGAAGGUGUACAAUUUUGUAUUACCAAGGAUGUACUGUAAUAUUAAUUGAUAUGAUAAAAAAAAACAGUGAGACUCCCUGUCCAUAUUAAAAAGAAAAUAAAAAGGUGCAGUAGACAAUUGAUUUUAAAGUAAAAGUUUUAAAAAUUUAGUUUGGCAGCUACUAAAUUUUAAAACAGGAAAAAAACCACAUGGUUGUGGGGAGCGUGGGAGGGGGUUUUCCUUCGUGUGUUUUAAGCUUUUGUAUACUCUCCAAACUUUUACCUUUUGCUUUGUACCACUUAAAGGAUACAGUAGUCCAAUUGCCUUGUGUGCCUUCCAUCUUCUCUUAAACUGAAUGUAUGUGCAGUAUAUAUGCAAGCUUGUGCAAAAUAAAAUAUACAUUACAAGCUCA